GAAAAACGAGCAAGACUUCGUCAUAACUCUGGUCGAAACCAUCGCCAGUUUUGGCAAGAACGUCCGGGUGCAUUACUCCGCCAUUACGUUCGGGACUAAGUUCGAAUUCCCCAUACGGUUUACGGACCGCCAGACUAUUCCGUUCAUCCUUUACCGGCUGAGAAACAUGCGGCAUACUGGCGGGCAGACGUUAACUGGGGAGGCCAUUAUUCGAUGCCGCGAUCUUCUGAUACGCGAAGAGAGACGAAGGGGAUUCGAGAUACAAAAGUUGAUUUUGGUUCUGACGGACGGCGUGAGUACUAAGAGAAGAGGCUCCACAACUGUUGCGCAAGCAAUGCCAACUGUUAUAAAUGCUGGCAUCCGAACAAUGGCUGUCGGUGCUGGACCUAUGAUAGACAAGGACGAGCUGCUUCUAAUAGCGCAAAACACCGAAGCACAUGUAUUUAUGGCUGCAGACACCAGCAAGCUGAGUGAUAUUGUGGACACCAUCGGUGUAAGGGCAUGUGUAGCAGCGACUACGACUACGACUACAACAACAACAACGACUACUACUACAACUACUACUACACCCACUACGACUACUACACCCACUACAACUACUACACCCAGCACGAUUACUACAACUACUACUACACCCAGUACGACUACUACACCCAGUACGACUACUACAACUACUACACCCACUACGAUUACAACAACCCCUAUAACUACAAUACAUAUGACUUCAACAACCCCUACAACUACAAUACAUAUGACUUCUACUACCCCUACAACUACAAUACAUAUGACUUCUACUACCCCUACAACUACAAUACAUAUGACCUCAACAACCCCUACAACUACAAUACAUAAGACCUCAACCACCCCUACAACUACAAUACAUAAGACUUCUACCACCCCUACAACUACAAUACAAAAGACUUCUACCACCCCUACAACUACAAUACACAUGACCUCAACAACCCCUACAACUACAAUACACAUGACUUCAACAACCCCUACAGCCAAAACAACAGUUACAAUGCCAUCCACAACAAAACAAACAAGUGCAACAACAUCAUCAUCAUCAACCAAAAUGUUUUCGACAGCUGCCUCAACGACAUCUUCGCCAACUACUAUAAAAGUCUUAAAGCUUACGACGCCCCCAUCUACCUCUGAAGACUUGCCGCCCGAUGUCCUCCUAAUAUUCAGUACAGCUAUUUUUUCACUUGGUCUUUCAGUCAGAGAGAAAUGGUCACAGUGGUCCGAUUGCGACGUUUCUUGUGGAGGAGGGGUGCAGACCCGCGUGCGCGUCCAGAGGUGCUACAACAAAGGCUGUGACCCUAAAGUGGACGUCCGGCAAUGCAACAGGGAGGUCUGUCCAGUUGACGGAAAGUGGGGUGAGUGGACUGAAUACAGUAAGUGCUCAAAAACCUGCGGAAAUGCCAUCCAGAUGCGAUCCCGCACUUGUAGCAAUCCCGCACCAGCAGGUUCCGGAAAACUCUGCGAGGGAUUCGAAACUACGGAAAUAAGGGAUUGUGGCUUACCGGCCUGUCCGGUGGAUGGCCAAUGGGGAGAUUGGUGCUGCACGUGGUCUUCAUGUAGCGCCACCUGUGGGGGAGGGCGGAGAACGAGAAGUCGGGAGUGUAAUAAUCCAGCGCCAUCUAACGGCGGAGCCAUUUGCCCCGGAUCGAAUUCUGGUGCCAAUACUGAAACCGAAGCGUGCAAUACACAACCAUGUCCAAUUGACGGUGGGUGGAGCCACUGGACAGGAUGGUCCAGCUGUGACCAGACCACGUGUCACGCAAUGCGGAUUAGGAUCUGUAACAGCCCGCCGCCCCAAUAUGGCGGCAAGACGUGCCAAAAACCUGCUUAUGAGCUAAAGCAGUGCUUCUUUGUAUGCUGUAUGGGCAAUAAACCUUUACAGAGAGAGCUUAUAAAGUAUGAUUGGUUGAAAUGUUAACGCCAUCCGCCACAAGGAAGCCGGUAUUCGUAACUUCUGUGAAUGUUGCCUAAGUAUGACAGCUUCUCUCAAACUAACCACAGAGACAAAUAACUUCAAGCAAUAUCCUCGGUACUGAUUGGCUGAGCGGAGUUUCACGUGACCAAUAAAGAUUUUAUUUCCAAAACAGCUUUGCAUUUGCUGUUGCAAAAAAAUGAGUAGGCUCCAACUUGAGGAAGUCGAUACACUCUUUUAUAAAAUCGUCUCAGCUUACACAUCGCUUGGAUUCUCCAAAGUAUAUCUGUCCGCUAUAGCGAACAGGCCUACCCAACUACCAGACUCG